AUCACAGUUUUCAUGAUAGAUUUGGUAGAAAUUCGCGAGCUAAUACUUCAAGUUCUCGAUAUUUGAAAACCCCCAAUGUUUUUCAAAAUUCAAAGUUUCAUUGUGAUUUUAAGUUUAUUGAAAAGUUGUGAAUGCAAUGAGCUCAAGCUCAAAAUAGAAGAUUUAUUCGUCGACUUUAUUAAUUACACUUAUGUCGAUGAAGAAACCUUUUCAAUCGACAUUGAUUAUGAAACUGAAACGAAGAGUGUCAUGAAUUUGAGGCUAGAUAUUAUCGAGGACUUGCCAAAAGAUAUUGGGUUUAAAAUGAAAGUAUGGGGCCGAGCAUUUGGUCAGUACACGGUUCCGACCGGAAUAAAUUUGGAUGUGAAACUUUGUCAAGGUAAAUUGCAAGCCGUUAUUAAGCCGUUUAUGGUUGAGGCAGGUAUGUCUGACACAUGCCCACCAAACAAGGGAACUUAUGAAAGUCACGCGAUGAGCACGGAAAUAGUCGGAUUACCAUUAUCCGUACUACCUGGUUUACAUUUCCUAGUUGAAAGCGAAGCAUACUCGGCGGACGCUGUUCUAGCGAAAGUCAGAUGCUACAUAUUCGUCACGUAAUUUUCUUCCUCCAGUCACUCUGUUCGUUGCUUAGGUAUGGCAAUUAUUUUUCUGCAAUAAAUUCAGUGUAAUAAUAAACGAUAAUGUAGAAAUAAAAUUCAUAAAAGAACAAUAUUUGCACACCUUGUCAUUUUACAAAUUGUCAUUCUCUUUUCGCAAAGAAAAACAAAAAGAAACUUCGCUCUUGCAAAAAUCUAUCUUGGAUUUUGCUUUAACUUCUGUACUCUUGGUAUAGAUAUACUCAUAUAAUAAUAUUAUGUAUUUCUUUAAUAAAACAUUGUUAU